AUGAUAUCUCUCCUCGUGAAAGGAGAGAGAUAUUUUUUUGAUCAGGUAUUAAAAGGAGCUGAAAACGCAUCUUGCUGUUUCACAGUAAAUUCAUCACAUGCAAUUUUAAAAUGGACAGACGAUUUGCAAUGUAAAGAAUAUUUCGAAAAGCUCUUAAUUUGGCAGGUUACAAAUCGAAUUCCUUCUGCUGAAAUUCUUACAAGAAAAGUAUCUUUAGCUAUGUGCAUCAAUGAAGUUUUGAAUUUUUUUCCAAACGAAUAUAAAUUCAUUCCUAAACAAUACAUUUUGCCUGAUGAAAUGGAUAAGUUUAAAAAUAUGCUGAAAACAACCAAGAAAACAUGGAUUAUCAAACCAGAUCAAGGAUCUCUUGGAGCAGGGAUUACUAUUGUUGAACCCCAGGCUGGAAUUGAUGUUCCGGAAGAAUCCGCUGUUGCACAAGAGUAUAUUGAUUCUUAUACCAUAGAAAACAAAAAAUUUGAUCUCAGAGUUUAUGCACUCGUUGCAUCCUUGAACCCUUUAAGAAUUUACGUGUACAGAGAGGGUAUUGCAAGAUUCUGUGCCGAAGAACAAGGAAAAGAUCCAAUAUUUAGCAGAAUCACAAACGUUGGCUUAAAUAAGCAAAAAGAGACAGAUUUUAAGCAGAUAUCCCGCUUGAUAUCAGAUGUAUUUGAGAAAAUGCGAGAAAAUGGUAUUAAUACAGACAUUUUAUGGCAAAAAAUUGAUGACUGCAUUAUUAAAACAAUUUUAUCCUCAAUAAAUCGACUACAUAAAGCAGAACUUGCUAAAUGCCCCCCACACUUGUACAGUCGAUGUUUUCAGAUAUUCGGCUUCGAUAUUUUACUUGACAAGAAUUUAAAUCCUUGGGUUCUUGAAGUAAACUACAGACCAAUGCUGGAGGCGCAUAGAGGUGUUGAGAGACGAAUGAAAACGCAACUAAUUACUGAUACUAUUAAGAUUGCCGUUCCAUUAAGAAAAAUUCAAAGUAUUCUUUCAUCAAGACUAUAUUCUUGGGACGAAUCCAUGUGGAGAAUGUUUGUAAUAGGCCAUCCAGAGCUCAAUAAUACUAUUGCAAACGAAAGAGCACUUGGUGAAUCCGGCUCAAACUACAAAAAAGUUUUUGGACCUGGGGUUGAAAUGAGCGCCGAAAACAAGCGGAUUUAUGAGACUGUUGUGAAGCUUCCAGUGAGCCAUAUUCCUGGGUUUGAAUUAUCACAUUUGAAAGUUGAAGGAGGUGAAGCAUGA